AUGCGGCCUUCACCGGCGCAGCAGAGACUGCCGCGACUGCUACUCGUGGCUGUGGGUACGGCGACGGUGGCGAUGGCUGCGGGCGAGGCAGCGGACGUCGUCAGCCAUGAUUUUUGGUGGUGGCUCGCCCUCGGUUUUUCCGGCUUCUUGAUCGUGCUGCUCAUGUUCACGCUGCUCUUCUCCUGGAGCCGCUCUCUCGAUGCGGCUGCCUCGGUGCCAGCAUCGUCGCGCCACAGCAGGCGCCACCAGCUGGAGAGGCAGGACGACGUGCGCUCCUUCCAUGGCGUGACCUCCGUCUCGCCAGCCAAGGCCGCGAUGCGUCACGCCAGCACCGGCAUGGAUGGCACAAAACGCGGCUCUGGUGAGGCUUCGGUCAGCUCGCUGCAGUACGCGGAUCAUACGAACCGUUGCGAGAACGUCGAGGUGAUGGCGGCUGCCUUCGAAGGUGGUGCCACGCCACUCUCGCACUAUGCUGAGCCCCCACCACCGCGGGCGCCGGUGACGACGACCGUGCUCUUGGCAGGGCACAGGCCACAAAGGGUAACGCCGGCGUCGUCACGGCGAUCACCCGGUAUUCAUUUUUGCACUGCGGCUACCGUGGCUCCGCGUGCUGCGUUGGAUGCUCCGUCUCCCGCCGCGAGCUUACCCAAGCAGCUUCCGUCCUCUCCGCGGGCACAGCAGCAUCGUCGACGAGACAACCUGGGAGAAGUGACGUCCGAGGCGGACGCGGACGUCGCUGCCAGCUCAUCAGAAAACCCGCUGGCGAUCGCUGGCCUUCACAGAGCAGGGCCGAAGCUGCUAGCGGAUCUGGUAGGCGGCUCCGCACUACACGCCACUUCAGGAGCAGCGGCAGUUGGCGGGAGGGGCGGUGGCGACACCCCUCGUGACCUCCCUUUGGACGAGCUAACAUUCUCUGGUGCGCCUGUGCUUGCGUGGCAUGGUGAGCCCGCACCGCAACCCACGCCCCCUGUACGGUUGCAGCGAGCGUCUUCGCAGCCGCAGCGGAGCAGCUCGUCUGAUGCGGUGAAGCAGUACUACUUCGGCUUCAAGCGCUCGCAGGGUGCUGCCGGGGCGGCAGCACCCUCGGAGCUCAUGCUGCGACGCGCGUCGCACGAGGCCGCACACGCACCGCCGCGACGCCGCUUCUCGCAAGCACGGCGGCGUCCUGUCGAGGUUCAGUCAGAGUUACCACCGGGCCCAAGCUCUGAGGCGCCGCUCACGAGCGCACCCACCACGACCGCGACUGCGGCAGCACUGGCUUCUUCGACUCCGCACGACGGCGCCGUGUUCAAACCACUGACGCUGACGCUGCCGACGAUGCGCCCGUUUGCCGCGCGCGAGAGCGCCGACGCCCCCUCACUGACGGAGCUGGAGCCGUCUCCGCAGAGACUUCGCCCGGAGCUGUUUCACGUGAGCGGCGAGGGCGGCGGCCCUGCAGCAGUGAAGGCAGGUGCGUGCGGCGCGCAGCUCAACAGGCGCCCUGUCGCACAGCUGCAUUCGAUAGAGGAGAAACCCACUCGGCAGCUGCUCAUUCUUCAUGCUGCGCCUGCGUCGACUAACUCGAAGCCACGUCGGCACUGGCACGACCGCCCGUUGUCGUCGCAGCCGCCAGUGCGCUCACGCAGCGGUGCUUCGCAGUCGUCUGCAGCUCAGCGGACAGCAUCGGCGGGCAGCACGACAGUGACGAAGGGCGUGCCGCAGCUGUUUUUUGGCAAGCGUGGCGCAUCGCCGGUGCGGCCGCCGGCGGUAGCAGCAUCUUCCCAGCCCACUACGGCCAUGGCGAAGGGAACUCGGAGCGGCAGUGGCGGCACAGCCGCGCGUAGGCCACCCAUCGCAAAGUUUCUGUCGGUAGACCAUCUCACCCAGGCCCUCGCACCUGCUCUGGUGUCGCCAUCGGCUUUCUCAUCUAUGAGCCCGCGGGCAGCGGCAGCAGCAGCAGCAGCAGCAGCCUCGAUCGCGCGGGGCUCGUCUACACCAGCAAAGCCUACCGCUACCGGCGGCGCAUCCAUCAGCCCGUCGCGUUGGGCGGUCGCCCCACACAGCGGCUCCUUCAGCUCCUCGAUGAACGGCCGCUCGCCGCUCCGCAACAGCCUGCGACGCAAGCGGAGCUCUAGCCUGGUGACGUUCCUCGACAAGGAUGGUGCCAGUGUCGGCAGCGAGCCUCGUGGGGUCCACGCGCCACCGCCGCUCGCGCAGCAUCUGCAGCUGUCACAGUCGUGCGAGCUGUCUGCUGGGUCGCCAUCCUCAUUCUAUGCGUCUCCCUCUGCAGGCGGCAGUAGUGGAACAGCUUGGCUGGAGCGUCUUUCCGACCCUGCAGCGGCUACAGCCGCCACGAGCGCUCAUGUUGUUCCAGUCCUGCCGAAUGCCGGCGUGACCGUCGCACAGGGGCAUCAGAGCCUCACGCUGCCGAGCGCCGCCGCGGCGGGAGAGCGACACCGGGAGCAGAGCCCCGCUACUCGUGAGCCGAGCGCGGCUUCAACCGCGACACCGCCGGAGCUGCUUACCGACGUGGCAGCGCGCCGCACCCCGGCGGCGUUGGGACCACCAGCGUUUCUCAGCACCCGUCAGGGGGGCGGUGGCACAACAGCGGCUGCUGCUCUGGCACCAGGCCCAGCUGCAGAAAGCGAUGGUAUUGUCACCCAAGAGCGCUGCGACGGCGAUAAUGACGACUCUGUGAGCAGCGGGGCAAGCACCGUUGCCGCUGGCAUGUUACCAGAUGCUCCACGCGGCCGGCGAGGCACGUCCACCAUGGGGCCGCCUGCUCCAACGGUCGCCUCGCAGCAGCAGCAGCUGGAUUUGAGUGCGUCAGCCUACUCCGACGCACGUCAGCGGCUUUCCAGCGCCUCCGAAAUCGAGGUACUGCGCAUCACGCACCCGACCGGUGUGGUACAGGUGUCACCUGCACCGCUCUCUGCCCUGGCGCGGCAUCCUCGACACUAUGACCUGACGCACACCGCCUCGCACCACCCGUCCACAGCAUCAGGCCGCCGCCUCCUUGCUGCCCACAGCAACGCAGCGUUGCCGGCUCGCUCCCACUUCUCCGGCGCACAACUCGCACAGGCGUCGGCGACCCGCAGCAGCGGCAGCAUGCACUAG